GAACAGAUACCCGCUUCUGAUACUACUAUCAUUUGUGAUCAUAUGCCAAUUAUAAAAAUGAAAUACUCCGUUUUAAAACGACGUGGUUUGUACUGUAAUACCGUUAUGUUAAAAAGGCAAUUCGUUUUGUAACAACUUGAUAAGAACUGCAUGUCAAAAAUCGAAUGUGCUGUCAGCGACGUCUAUUUAAAUCAAUAGCUCAAGCAUGUCGAGUAGACAAACUUCCUCACACGCUAUUAGUUCUCGAGCGUGCUUCCUCUUCAGAGAACACACUCACCUCUUCCACUAUCUACGCUGUUUGACUUCUUGACGCUGUUGGACAUUAAAGUCGCAUGUUUAUAUAAUCCCUUUGAAGAUACUAUGUUUGGUUUCUGAGGGGGUGAAGCGGUCAGAUCAGAAUGCAGAGCAUCAAGUGUGUUGUGGUAGGAGACGGCGCAGUGGGAAAGACCUGCCUCCUCAUCUCCUACACCACCAACGCCUUCCCUAAGGAGUACAUCCCCACUGUGUUUGAUAACUAUAGUGCCCAGGUGACUGUGGACAACAGGACUAUAAGCCUCAACCUGUGGGACACGGCAGGCCAGGAGGAGUACGACCGCCUGCGCACCCUCUCCUAUCCACAGACCAACGUGUUCGUCAUCUGCUUCUCCAUCGCCAGCCCACCGUCCUUCGAGAAUGUCAAGCACAAGUGGCACCCUGAGGUAACCCACCAUUGCCCAAAUACGCCCAUCCUGCUGGUGGGCACCAAGAAAGACCUGCGUAACGACCCGGAGGUGCUGAAGAAGCUGAAGGAUCAGAACCAGACAACCAUCACCCAACAGCAGGGCGCCGCCCUGGCCAGGCAGAUCCAUGCCAUAAAGUAUCUGGAAUGCUCAGCGCUGAACCAAGACGGAAUCAAAGAGGUGUUUGCUGAGGGCGUGCGAGCCUAUCUCAACCCGCAACCGGUUACCACCAAGAAACCCUGUGUUAUAUUGUAGUAGAUGUGCAAUCACUGCAGCAAAUCCAAUAGAACGAUAUUAAUUAAUUUAAUGUAUAAACCAUUGGAGUUGAUGUAAUUGUGAAAUGUGUAUUUGUUGUACUGCCCAUAAGAAACACUGCAAGAUCAGGACUACCCUGAGAAGGGGUUCGUUGGAGUGCAUGGGAGGCAGAGGCAUUGGUUCAACAGGCAUGCCUCAAAACUCAUCUGCGACUUCAAUAAGUAGGCGAAAGGUCCAUGGUAAAAUGAUGUGCUUAAAUAACUUUGAGAAUCUUUGCUUUAUAUGCAUUAUUUUGCCCUCUUCCUUUAAAGAAUUUGACAUGCAAUACCUGAGACGUGAUGGGGAGAUUAUUUUAUUUGACCGUGUUUUCCUAUGCUAAUUUUGGCAGGUAUGGCAUUUAGAUAUGUAUUUUAAACAAUAUGUGUAAAAAGAUUUUUCCAUUAUUUUUUUAUUAUAAUUAUUUUUCCAAUGUACAGUAUGGUGGGUUUGCAAAGCUGUGAUAGAAGUAUAUUUAGACCAUCAGUUUUAUAGCGGGGUACCUUGCAUGACUAACAAGCCACCAUGUUGGUUCACUUUGCUUAAAUGUGUUAAAUGCUGGACACAAAAGAGGAAAUGCAGAUAGGGGUUUCUGAUAACGCAUGCAUAUGCUGAUUUUCCUAUCGAGGUUAUUAGUCAGUGUGUGAGAAUGCGUAAAAGAGAGAGAGAGAUCAAAAAAGGGAACCUGGCACUAACUUCCCUCUGAAAGUCCAUAGCUUGCUAACUAUUUUGCUUAAUUUGGGGUUCUGGGAGUUUUUCAAUGUUGUGUAACUGUGUUAAGUCUCACAAGCCUCCACAGUGCAUGCUUUCAAAUAGAGUGGUUGAAGAGUAAAAUCUGUUAUUUCUUUGCUUGCAGCUAUCACUGACAAACCAAGGACCAUAAAACGUACGCUAACUAUAAUAUUUGGCAACAGUUCUAUUUAGGGGAUUGUGGCUGCUGUUCUUUGACUGUGAGGCAGUGGGGUAUGUCAAAUAUGUUGACAUAUUGGAUGCUGUUACUGCUAACAACAUAUAUUUGACAAAAUUCUGAUUUCCAGUUCAUAAUCCAUGUAUUAUAUUUUUUUAUUCUGCUCACCCUCGCCCCCUAGCCUAAAAAUAAAUAUGAUUAUAACCCA